AUGGUCUGCCAUCCAGAAAAUCCCCUCCCACACAUCCACCGCUACAUAACAACCCACAGCACAGACGGCGAAGCCGUCUUCGUCUCCCACGCCCAAGUACCAGACUACAUGCCCAGCACACCAGCAGGCACAGACGGAGAAAUCGCCCUGUUAUACUCAACAACCUCCACACCAGCAAAUACAUCCGACGAAAGCGACAUUGCAAUGUACGACGAAUUCCUGCACCAGCCUCCGGGUAUAACGGUUGAGAACGGGACUGUGUUUCGGAUGAUUGAUUUACGGCCUGGCAAGGUGACGCCGAUGCAUCGGACCGUUAGUCUUGAUUAUGGGAUUGUGGUUGAGGGGUGUGUUGAUCUUGUGCUGGAUUCGGGGGAGACGAGGAGACUGGGCCGGGGAGAUGUUUGUGUUCAGCGGGGGACGGCGCAUUCGUUUCGGAAUGUUGAUCGGGAGAGGUGGUCUAGGAUGUUGUUUGUUUUUUUGCCGAUGCGUAGGGUUGUUGUUAAGGGGAGGGAGUUGGAGGCGGAGGUUUAUGAUGAGGGGUUUGACAAGGACGAUGGAGAUGGGGAGGGGAAGGGGGAUGAGGGGGGUGGUGGCGAUGCUGAUAGAUAUGGAGAUGGAGGUUGA